UCGACUAUUGAUAUAAGAACACACCCAUAGAGUUUGACACACCUUUACUUUGUAGUUAACUUCUGCACAUUCUUUCCGGACCGAACAAAGUCUAAAAUGACGGCGCAAACGAAGUGUUCAGAACUUGCUACGCAAAUAUUAAAAGAGGCUCCCGCGUCGAGAAAGGCGCUUAUUGACAACUAUAACAACCUUCACAAAGUGGCCGAUUACUGUGAAAACAAUUAUUUAGGCCUACAGGAUGAGGACACAUGGAAGGGUUUGGAGGAGACCAAGGCUUUGACCACUCAGGCUUUGGCCAGUGUGGCCUACCAGAUCAACAGCCUAGCCACUUCUGUCCUGAGACUGCUGGACACCCAGGCCAUGCAGCUGAAAGACAUGGAGAACUCUCUCAACCUCCUCUCUCUGGCUGUAGCUAUCCAUCAGGAGAAGGUGUCUCGGAGAGAGAUGGGAAUUUUCACCACAGUAACGAAGUUGGCUUGCGCCAAAUUAAUGAGCCCUCCCAAAGCUGGCCGGGAGCUCGAGGGUUGCUACAUCAGAAGACCCAUGUCCUUCACUGGACUGGACACACUGGGCCACAGCUUUAACCUCAAUGAGUUGCAGCCUCGGAAAAGAACAGGGACCACAGAGAGCGUGCGGAGUACAGGGAGCUGUGGCCCUGUGGAGUGUCCUGUUGCUCCUGCUACCCAGCCUGGGGAACCCUCCUCAGCCAGCAGCAAUAAGGAUCUCUAUAGGUCCAAUCUUGGCAUUAAUGUGGCCCUACCAUCGGUGCCCACCUUGCCAGUCUCCUCAAACCUCACCCAAAACUGCCCACAACCCCCUCCUGGAUCCACGUUUGACUCCAACAUCCCACCUCCUCCUCCUCCCCCACCUGGCUCCAUGGGCACUGGUCCUCCUACACCGAAUGCAUCUCCUAAUGUUCCCUCUCCGCCACCCCCUCCUCCACCUCCUGCCAGCGCAUCAAAUAGCUUCCCCCUCCUCCUCCUCCUGGUUCAAUAG